ACAUAUUAUGUUUAGGUGUCAUUGACGUCCUCACUUUCUCUCCUCUCCUCCCUCCCUCUUCCGUCGCCAGCAUCGGCGUCCCCACCUUCAGUUCAAGGUCCAAUUUCUACAAAGGUCUCUCUCACCUGGUUUUCUCUCUCUCUCUCUCUCUCUCUCUCUCUCUCUCUCUCACGGACCACGACAUCGCCACCAUCCCCACCCCUCCGCCGCCUCCCCACCACAUCGCUAAGUACACCCCCAUAUCUGUUAGCUGGAACUUUUAGUUCAAGUUUGGAUAAUAGCUUUUCCAACAUCUGUCAUUUAUCUUCCACUUCAAGGUCAAUGGGUUUGUUGUCACACUUUUCAAUCACCGAUCGCUUCAUGAAAACCUAAAGGAGAUGGAACCAAUUAAGGUUUUGGUAUGUCAGACUUGUGGGGAUGAAGGAUUCACCAAUGCUUUUGUUUACUGUGUUAAAUGUCUGGAGUUUGUCAUUCACAGAUACUGCUUAAAGGAAAUGCCAAAGUCGUACACAGAGCGAGUAAUUUGGUAUUGUGAGAGCUGCCAACCAACCGUUGAAAAUGAGGUUACUUCAGACCCCCAGAAAAAGGAAACAAAGAAAAACAUCGAUCCAAUAUGGAAUGAAAACAUGUCAUCAUAUUCGAAUUCAAGUUGUAGUUCUUCCUAUCUAAUCGAAUUUGAUGAAUGGGAAGCACGAAUUGGUAAACAAAAUCAACGAAUUGAUGAGAUCAUCGAUGAUGUCAUCAUGAACUAUCCCCAUAUGAUCCUAGAAGAUCAUCCUUUUACAGAAAGAACAAGGUAUCGUGCAAUUGAUUCUUUAAUAGAAGAGACAAAGGGGGCUAUUCUUAACCAUAAUAUACCAAAGAAAAAACGUACAAAUAGGAAAAGGAUUUCAGCUUUUAAGAGAAAGGAACAUAAUAAUGAUUCUCAAUGGCAAAAUUAUGAAUAUAACUUUCAAGACAACUAUUAUAGACAUGCACGGCCAAUCAUCGAUCCAAUAUGGAGGGGUAGCUUCAAGGUCCUAGGAACAGAUUAUGAUGAUUUAUUUGAAGGAUUUGUGGGACAUUUAUCAACCAAAGCUUGUGGUAAAGUCUUUGAAGAAGCAAAUAUGAUGCCAUCAUUGCUUAUUCUUGAAAUGCAUCCCAAGACUUUCUUAUGGCCAAAAAGUUUCCAAGAUUGUGAGCCAUCUGAUGAUCAUAUAGGGCUCUACUUUUUUCCAGGAGACCCAAUAAAUGAAAAGGCUUUUGAUGGAUUGGUGUUAGAAAUGAUGGAUGAUGACCUGGCAAUGAGAGUCGCAUCCACAAAUGCGGACCUAUUGAUUUUUACUUCCUCAGUGCUGCCUAAGUCGUUGAGGAGAUUUCGAGGGAAGUACUAUUUGUGGGGGGUUUUUAGAGCCAAAACGAAUGAUGGGCCUAAAUCAAUUUGUUCCUCUCCCUCACCUUCAGAUUCUUCACAAGAUUAUUAUUUUCCAGAUUCUUCACAAGAUUACUAAUGGGAAAAGGGAUAAUAGAUUCUUACACAACUGUGAACAUCAAAACACUAUGAAUAUGAUUUUUCCAUAACAACUAAUGCUACAAGAUGGAAUCACAACCUCAUGAUGAGGUGCAUGAAUGGGAAGAUUCCGGGUGCUCUGGAUCUCAAUUUUGGGUACAGAUCAAAGAGCACUAUUUUUUCCGGCGACCUGAGGAGGGGAGGAAAGGUGGGGGUUGGGGUGUUUCAUGGUUGCUGGAGUAGUAGCAGGUGAUGAUGUUCUGGUUGUGGUUGUGGUUGGCGAAGGCUUUGAACUUUUAACUAAAUUUUCAUUUGAGAAUUAAAUAGCUAUUUGUGAAUUAAACAUAUAAAUCUGGCAUUCACUUAUCUUCAAAUGAGAUGUAGACCCUUUUCCUUAAGAAAAUGAAUUUCACACAUAAAA